AUGUUCAACACGAAAGAUGGUUUUCUUGAGGCUACUGUGCGAGGAUGUGUGGGAGGAUUCCUUCGUACGGAAGACUACUCGAAUUUGCAACAAUGUGAAACAGUGGAGGACAUAAAACUUUACCUGACUAGUACAGAUUAUGGUUCUUUACUACAAAAUGAAGCAUCCCCAACACAUCCAUCUUUAAUUGUACGGUGUUGUUUGAAAAAGAUAGUCCAAGAUUUUAGUUUUUUCGAUCUGGUGAAGGCAGCAGAACCACUAUCCACGUUUCUGCAAUAUUUAAAAUAUGGAUACAUGAUAGACAAUAUUGUAUUGAUGGUCACAGGUGCAAUGCAUGAAAGAGAAGUAACGGAAUUACUAGAUAAAUGUCACCCACUUGGAAUGUUUGACUCCAUUGCAUCCCUUGGGGCAGUGAGCAAUUUAAGAGAACUUCACCGAAUUGUCCUUGUAGAUACACCGAUUUCUGCGUAUUUUGGUGAAUGUUUCCGUGAUGAGAAUCUUGAUGAAGUAAAUAUAGAAAUUUUGCGAAACUCUUUGUAUAAGGCAUAUUUAAAAGAUUUUUUCAGACUAUCACAGAUGCUCGGCGGAUUGACUGCGGAGGUCAUGAAGGAGAUCUUAUGUUUUGAAGCCGAUCGACGUGCAGUGAAUAUUACAAUUAAUUCUAUCGGAACUGAACUUUCUCGGGAUGAUCGACAAAAAUUAUUCUCUGAUUUUGGUCAUAUGCAUCCCGAAGGUCAACGAGACCUCGCCCUAUGCAGAGAUUUUGAGCAAGUUGUAUCCGUUAUAGUCAAUAGUACAUACCAAAAUAUUUUGCAGAAGUCCACAAGUGAAGAAAUGAAUAUAGACAAGGUAUUCUACGAAACAGAAGUUAUGAAGUGUAGCUCUAUGUUUGCGCAACAGUUUCACUAUGGUAUCUUCUAUGCAUAUUUGAAACUCAGAGAGCAAGAGGUCAGAAAUCUUAUGUGGCUAUCUGAGUGCAUUGCGCAAGAUCAAAAGUAUAGGAUAGUUGAUGGUGUCAUUAGUAUUUUUUGA